AUUAUGCACUUUAAAAGCACUAUUCAAUUGAAUACAUGUUUUGUGAGAAACAUUGAAUGCAUUAUUGAAUCAAUGAAUGAAUGAAUGACUCAAUUGAUUGAAACAUUGAUUGCGUUAUAAUUUAAGUGAAAGUGUUGUCUCAUUUAGGUCUGUAUUGAAAGUGUCCACUCAUUUCAAUUGAUUUUGUUAUCAAAUUAAUUGAUUAUUAUCACCGAAACCACUGAUGGCUGACAACAAAUUAUACGACUUAUUAGGCGUCAGUAAGAGUGCAUCGGUUAAUGAGAUUAAAAAGCAAUACCGAAAACUGGCCAAAACAUAUCAUCCCGACAAAAAUCAAGAUCAAAAUGAAGCCGAAAAGUUCAAAGAGAUUUCAUACGCUUAUGAGGUAUUAUCCGAUCAGAAGAAGAGAGAGAUCUACGAUCGAUACGGUUUAAAGGGUCUUCAGGAGGGAGGCGGCAGUGAUUUUGGUGCCGAAGAUCUUUUAUCACAAAUGUUUGGCGGAGGCGGAGGCGGCGGACUGUUUGGUGGUUUGGGGGGAUUUCCUGGUUUCUCAGGAAUGGGCGGUCGUCGACGUCAACGACGUGGUGAAGAUACAGUACAUCCAUUGAAAGUAACGCUCGAAGAUCUUUAUAACGGAAAGGUUUCAAAACUUCAAUUAAGUCGUAACGUUCUCUGCAAAGCUUGUAAUGGAGUCGGAGGCAAACCUGGAUCUCGAGUUCCCUGUGCCGGGUGUAAGGGUCAGGGCAUGAAAGUACAUUUACGACAAUUAGGACCCGGAAUGCUUCAACAAAUACAGCGACCGUGUGAUGAUUGUGGUGCUCAGGGAGAGGUUAUCAAUGAGAAAGACCGGUGCCGUACCUGUAGUGGCAAACGAGUUACUAAUGAGACAAAGAUUUUGGAAGUAAAUGUUGAUAAAGGUAUGCAAAACGAACAGAAGAUUACGUUUAGAGGAGAAGGCGAUCAACAACCAGAUGUAGAGACCGGAGAUGUGAUUAUUAUACUUCAGCAGAAACCAAACGACAAGUUUCAACGCAAUGGAAAUGAUCUAUUUCUUCCGCUAACCAUCUCUUUGACCGAAGCCUUGUGUGGAUUUGUUUAUGUCUUAAAGCAUUUAGACGGAAGAAAUAUUAUUAUCCGAAGCAAACCCGGAGAAGUGUUAAUACCCGGAUCUGUAAAAGGCAUUCGUGGCGAAGGAAUGCCUAUCUAUCGGAACCCAUUUGAAAAGGGAAAUCUUUAUAUUAAAUUCAAUAUAGAGUUUCCGAAAAAUCAUUUUAUAGAUGAAGACAAACUUAAAGAAUUUGAAAAAAUUGUUCCGCAAAGGAAUGAACCGAUGGAUAUUGACUUAAAUGAUGAACACACUGAAGAGGUCGACCUUCACGACUACGACCCAUCCAAUGAACGAAGUAAUGGUAGCGCAGGUAGAGGUGAAGCAUACGAUAGCGAUGAUGAAGACGGACGCGGAGGUCAGGGUGGCAUCAAAUGUGCCACUCAUUAGUUGUGAAGUAGAAGUGAAUUGGUUUUUCAAUAUUAUUAUAAUUAGUAUUUAGUUUUAAUUUAAAAUAAUUUUGUUUUUAAAAAAUAUAAAUUUAUAUAUAUAUUAUAUAUCUUUAUAACAGAAUUAAUAAUAAAUAUUUUA